AUGCCGUCGCCGGACGCGGCGGCGAGGCACACGGGCGCCGGCGUGGCGCGUCGGCAGGCCCACCACGAGCGGAUGCGCGACGAGCGCGCUCGGGAGGCGGCCGCGGGCAACGCGGAGCUUCCGCCGGAGGACGACGCGGUCGAGAUGGCGAGCGCCGCCCAGCUGCUGGACAGCGUGGCGGAGGCGGGCCCGAACUACACCCUGCUGCGCAGCAAGGAGAAAAAUUCAGCGCAGCUGUUAGUUUUUCGCGCCAACACCUCCACACCGCCAGACCGUAAGAACCCUACUGAAAACAAAAACAAAAUGGAGAAACAGUAA